UCCAAAUGGCUAGGACUAAGCAGACAGCACGUAAAUCCACCGGAGGCAAAGCCCCCAGGAAGCAGCUGGCGACCAAGGCUGCUCGCAAGAGUGCCCCGGCCACCGGUGGCGUCAAAAAACCUCAUCGUUAUAGGCCCGGUACCGUGGCACUUCGAGAGAUCCGUCGUUACCAGAAGUCCACCGAGCUGCUCAUUCGUAAGCUGCCUUUCCAGCGUCUUGUCAGGGAGAUCGCCCAGGACUUCAAAACCGAUCUGCGCUUCCAGAGCUCCGCAGUGAUGGCUCUGCAAGAGGCUAGCGAGGCUUAUUUGGUUGGCCUGUUCGAGGACACCAACCUUUGCGCUAUCCACGCCAAGCGAGUCACCAUCAUGCCAAAAGACAUCCAACUGGCGCGUCGUAUCCGCGGCGAGAGAGCUUAAGCUUCCAUCCUAUAACCACAACGGCUCUUUUAAGAGCCACCAUACUUUCUAAACCAUAAGAGUUAACUUCUGUUUUCUUACAUGACAACCUAAUGGCUAGCGCACCCUACCACAUAAGAAAUACAAUAUGUC